AUGGCCGCCGCCAUCACCCGAGGGGGCUCGCGCGCGCAGCUCUUCCAGACGCUCGAGGAGAAGAAGCCCGAGCGCCCCGCCUGGCUCGAGGACACGGACAGCGACUCCGACGGCGAGGCGCCGCCCGAGGCGGCGCUGGACCCGCGGUCCGUGCCCGAGUACCCCCUCGUGGAGAAGGCGCUCCUGCGCCAGUACGAGAUCUGCUCCCAGUGCGGCGGCACGGGCCGCUGCGUCGUCUACAAGGCCUUCGAGCGCGAGCGGCGGCGCUUCGUGGCGUUGAAGGUCGUCGUCGACGCGUUCGGCGACCGCCAGAGUGCGCAGCGCGCGUACCGCGAGGUCGCCUACCUCCAGGUGCUCUGCGGCCACCCGAACAUCGGACGGUUGCGGGGCGUCUACUGCAGCGACGUCGGGCGCCACGUCGUGCUGACGCUCGACUACAUGCACAGCGACCUCCGGCACGCGAUCGUCAGCGGGCGCCUGCUGCCGAUCCACCGGACCUACGUGCUGCGCCAGCUCUUUCUGGCGUUGGCCUUCAUGCACAGCGCGCGCAUCGUCCACCGCGACAUCCGGCCGUCGAAUAUUGUG